AAAGAUACCCAGAAAAUGUGCGACUGCUUUCAGCGGAUAUUCGGAGUUACCUGGUCCCCGGCCUCCGCCUCCGGAGCAGCCGAGGAGCCGUCCGAGAGCCAUGCUUCCAGAUCUGAGCCCUGCCCAAUAAAAGUAAAAGAGAAGUUCGGUCCCCCGAAGCCGAAGUCGCCCCCCGCCAGCCGCCCGCACCCCACCCCCGAGGAGCUCAAAGACUCGGAGCGAACGGCGCAGAAAGAAAGGCUGCACGAGGAGUUAAAGAAAGUUCUGCUGCUGAAAGUGCAGAGGGAAUCCGCCGAGCGGCCGGACGCCGAGAUGGAGACCCAAAUCACAGAGGAGAAGCUGAGGUUGUCUGAGAUGGUGGAGGUCAUCGUGGAGACGGAGGCCCAGGCCGGCAUGAGUGGAAUCGCGAUCUCCGGAGGAGGCCAAGAAGGCCUUUUCAUCUCCGAGCUCCUGAAGGACUCCCCGGCGGCCAAGACGCUGCCUCUGCUGGAAGGGGACCAGAUCGUGAGCGCUCGGAUCUUCUUCGAGAACGUCCGCUACGAAGACGCUCUGAAAAUCCUGCAGUACGCCGAGCGCUACAAGGUCUCGUACUGCCUGAAACGCACCGUGCCGUCUGCCGACGUCUCCGUCUCGGCAGCUUCCGGGAGUGUGGAGGUCAAGGGCCCGAAAGCCAAGAUGCCCAAAAUGACCGUUAAAAGCCUCACGCCGGUGAAGAAGAAAAAGAAGAAAGCGUCCGGUGAGGGGAAGGUUUCAGAGGAAGCUUCCGUGGAAGCCGUCCGAGGAUCUGAAGUCUCGGCGGGCAGUAUGGAGAUUCCACCCGUCGGCGUCGAGUUUUCCUUUCCCAAGUUCUCCAAGUUCCUUAAAACCAAAGGGGUAGCCGAGGCCGGCGCCGUUUCCAAGGCAGCAGAGGUCACCCCCAAAGUUUCCGACAGGGAGCAAAAAUGGGCAAAAAUGAAGUUCCCCAGACUGAGAGUGAAGGAAGCAGCAGCGGCGGGAGGCCUCUCCGUGACGGCCCCCGAAGGCAAGGCAGAGCUAGCGAAGGGCAGCCCCGAGACGAAGGAGAAAGCCGCCACCAAGUUUGGGAUCUCAGUUCCUAAAAUGAAGAAACCGAAGGUGGAUGCUGCAGCGCCGAAGCCUGAAGUUGAAGUUUCUCUACCGAAGCUGGAAAUCGAAGCCAAAGCCCCUGAAAUUGAACUCGACUUACCUCUGCUAACCACGAAGGCAGAAACUCAGGAGAUCUCGUCAAAGGAAGGUAUUAAGAUGGCCGCGUUGGGAGCAUCAGCCAAAAUUCCAGACGUGGAAAUCAAAGUCCCAACUGCGCAUGUUGAGGCGGACGUCCAAGAAAGCAAGAUCACCAUGCCCCAAGUACCGAAGGUCGGAAUCUGCUCGCCGUCUCUCGAUAGGGAGUCAGACAUCGCCGUGCAAGUGGACGGAAGACCCAAGACAGAAAUCAAACUUCCGACUCUUGAGGUGGCUCCACCAAAACUCGACGUUGACCUGAGCUUGCGAAAGGCAGAAGCCGACGUUGAGGUCGAGGCGCUGGAUGUUACCGGUAAAGGCCUGCAGUUUAAGUUACCAACGUUCGGCGUGUCCUCAAAGGCCCCCGAAGCUGAGUUGGAAGUCACCGGCCGCAAAUUCAAAAAAGAGACCGAGGUGAAAGAGGAAAAGUUUAAAAUGCCUUCGGUGAAGUCUCCUGAAAUCGGGAUUUCUCUGCCCAAAGGCAAACGGGAAGGCGACAGCCCAGACGGCAAACAGAAGAUAUCCAUGAAGCUCCCGUCUCUAGACGUCUCCGUUCCCAAGGUGGAUUUUGACAUCGCUCUGCCGAAGGGAAAGAUGGAUGCGGAAAUCUCAGGAGGCAUCGCCGUUCCCGACGUCGCUCUGAAGAUGCCCAAGAUGAGUCCUCCUAAACCCGGAAUGAAGGUUAAAGAAGCCUACGCCGACUCUCACAAGAUCAACGCUACCGUUCCACAGCUCGACCUGAAAACCGGCAAAGCUGAAGCUGAGAGCUCGGUAUCCAUUCCAGACGUGACCCUAAAAAUGCCCAAAAUAAGUCUUCCUAAGCUUGGAAUGAAGGAGGAUGCGCAGGAAACUAAGGUGGAGGCGAAAAUGGAGAAACUUGAAGGGGAAUGGCACGACUUCAAGAUAAGUGGCCCCAAAAUCAAAUUGCCCAGUGUUGGGCUUUCGCUGUCCAAAGAAAAACUUGACGUUUCGGUAGAAGAACAUGGCAUGGCGGAAACGGACGGGAAGAUCGGAUUUCCAUCUGUUAAGGUUCCAUCCCUUGAUAUUUCAUUACCAAAAGUAUCGGGCAUUCAGCCGGGUAAACCGGAAGCCACGGUGCCCUCAACCAAGGUGGACGCCAAGGCGCCGUACGUGGAAGGCUCAGGUGGGCUUGACUUGAAGUUAAAGAUGCCCAGUGUAUCCUUACCAACGUUUGACAUUUCUGCAAAAGCGGAAAAGCCUCAAGUAUCCCCCCCGAAACUUGGAAUUCACGCCCCGAGAGCCGAGUCUAAAGUAAAAGGAGAAGAUCUGGUAGGGAAGGGAGAUAAAAUUACUCUUCCGAAACUAGACAUUUCCGUUCCCAAGAUGAAACCCGCAGAAUUACACGUAACCCCCCAAAAACCCGACCUGGAGGUUUCCAUUGAAAAGCCAAAAAUUGAAUUGAAACUUCCUAAAGUGGGGUCUGACGCGAUUGCCUUUCACGGAGAUUCCAAGGUGGGGUUCGGAUCUAUCAAGCUGCCGAGCCUUGAGUUGGACGCGCCGAAGAUGGACGUUGACUUAAACUUCCCAAAAGCGAAAACCGAUGGGUCGGAGCCUCUUAUCGAAGGACCCGAGGGCAAGAUACAGAUGCCUAAAAUGAGCCUCCCCAAGUUCGGCGACGUGGCCAAAGACGUGGCGGUGGAAAUCAACGUUCCAAGGAUUGCUGGCGAAGUCUCUGUUCCGCACGUCGGCUCGGAAAUAAAGAAGCCACAGUUUGAAGAAGGAGAAGGAGGAGGAAGGAUCACCCUGCCCGGAGUUGAGUUGGGACUGGGGAAAUCAGAUAAGACAACGGACGUGGAGCUCAAGGAAAAAGCUGACGUUAAACCUCCUAAAGUAAAGCCGGAGAAACCACAGGAAGCCGGAGUCGAGCUACCGUCUGUGAAGUUUCCAUCUGUGGCAUUAACCGCACCAAAGGUUCCGGAUGUGGACAUAGAUGCAGGUCUGCCGAAGGUUUCUCUAGAAGGACCUAGCAUGGAAGACGCUGCCGUGGAAGCCAGCGCCAAGGCGCCGAGGUUUUCCCUUCGGAAACUUGGCUUUUCUGGACCCAAGUUGAAGAAAGGCGGCGAGGGAGAAACGAAAGCAUCUCACGAGGAAGGAGAAGCGGAAGUCACAGUGAAGUCACCAAAGAUGAAAAUGCCCAAAUUUGGAAUAACUUUCCCCAAAUCAAAACAUGAAGCCAGCGCGGAUGUUUCCAAAUCAACUCUGGAGAAAGAUGUAAAGGCAAAGAAAGGAAAGGCAGACAUGUCGGCCGGCCAAAUCGAGACCUCGUCGGAAGGCAAAGCGAAGCUUCCGUUAGCGAAACUCCCCUCUGUCGACAUUUCGGCUCCAAAGUUAGAGGUAGAUAUUGCAAUUCCAAAGGGGGGCUCCUCUGACGCAACAGAUAGGCCCUCUGAUAUCAACAUCGACAUCCCUGAGGUGAAAAUGAGCCUCCCAAAAUUCUCCAUGCCAAAGUUUGGAAGCAAAACCAAAGAAAGCGAGGAGGACGCUAAGCUGCAUGGCAAAAUUUCCACCAAAAAAUCCGCCGGUGGAACGGAUACCUCAUCUGACGGCGGCAGUUCUGACGGGAAGGGGAAAAUGAAAAUGCCCACAAUUAAGAUGCCUUCGUUUGGAAUUUCUAAGAAGGAAGUGGAGGUUUCUGAUGUAAAAGUGGAGGUCGGCCCCCCCGAGGUUAAAGUAAAGAAAACCAAAAUAAGCGCAAAAGAAACCAAAGUGGAGGUCGAUGACCAAGAAACCAACGGCAAGACCUCCUUCAUCAAGAUGCCGACUUUUAAAAUGUCGCCUCCUAAGGUGAAGGCUCCUGAGGUAGACCUUGCUUUGGAAGGUUCCAGAGAAGAUCUUCGGUUGCCCGACGUGCAGGUGAAAGUUCCCCAAGUUGAGCUGCCUUCUUUUGGGCUAAAAGGAGAGAAAUCGAGCGAUAUUACCGUCCCAAGAACAGAAGCCAAGGUGUCGAAGGCGCUAGAUUCUCCUGAUGUUGGUGCGAUCAAGAUGCCAUCGCUGGAAAUCUCUGGACUCCAAGACGUGCCUUCGUUGCAAAUUUCCGUUCCUUGUGUGAAACCUGAGCUUUCCGUCUCUUCACCAAAAGCGGAAGUAGAUGUUUCUGAUUCAGACAUCAAAGGGUACGACGGAGAUUUAAAAAUACCUAAACUGCCUUCUAUCUCCGUCCCAAAUCUCCAGCUGGAUAUCGCUUUGCCCAAAGCCAGUCUGGACUCCUCUUUGGACCAAGAAGCCAAACGGACCCUUGAAAAGUCAGACCUGAGGUUAAAGAUGCCGAAAGUCGAACUGCCAAAGUUUGGAGAAACCGAUGCCAAGAUAGACAUCGAAGGAACAAAAUACAAGAGCGUCGAGGUGGAGUCAAAGCUGAAGGGGCCCAAAAUUAAGAUGCCUCAUUUUGACAUCUCGCUGCCAAAAGUCAGGUUGGAUGAGGAAGACAUUCCUUUCAUAGAAGGAGAUCUGAAAACGCAUGGAGUAGAAGUUGAGACAAGUUCCACAGAAGGAAGAUUCAGUUUGCCGUCUGUCGAGUUGCCAAAAAUGUCCACUCCCAAAAUAAGAGCUCCAGAGCUGGAACUCGGUGUGAAUCUAAGCAAGGAUGAGUUAAGAGCUGGGGAAGGCUCCAAAACACAAGGAGUCGAGUUAGCCGGCCCCGAAGUUGGGCUGUCUGAUUUAAAAUUUAAAAUGCCAAAAGUGAAGUUGCCCAAGUUUGGAGGACACAGCGCCGGCGGUGACGACGAGGAAACCGCCAAAGUAGACGUCAAGAGUCAGAAAACCGAGGAAGGGAGAGCGGGCUUACAAAUAACAAUGCCUAAGCUGCAAAUGGCUUCGCUGAAGGGGAAAGGUGGGGGUGAUGUUUCUGUGGAAGCGGAAGGUGGCCACAAAAAGGCGGCCAAAGAGGACGGGAAGGUUUCAGAUCAUGAAGAUUCUGAAUAUAGUAGAAUGUUCAAAAUAAAGAUGCCAUCGUUUGGAAUGACGAGAGAAGCGGAGCACGCUGCGGAGGGGGGCGACGCGAAAUUUAAAAUGCCCCAAAUCUCUAUCCCCGAUGUAGGCUUUUCUGGAAGGGAAGGACCAGAGGCUUCUUUGGAAGGUGGCCGUGGCAAAGCAGACGUCGGUGCGGAUUCCAAAAUAAAGGGCGCCAAGUCGUCCAGCCUCGAAGAUCUGGAGAUAGAUCUGAGCCUCAAGAUGCCCAAAAUGAAGAUGCCGACGAUUGGUCGGAAGACGGACGACGACAUGAACGUUGCUCUUGAGGAGGAUUCAGAAGGAAAGAAGUCUUUGUUCAGGAUGCCAGACGUGGAAAUAUCCACCCCGAAAAUGAAAGCGCACGCCGAAUACGACGUCGGAGGGGCAAAACUGGAAGACAGCUUGUCCAAGGAGAUGGAGAUGGAAUUGAUUUCUACGAGGAAGGGCAGCAUGACGAAAGAGGAAAGCAAAGAUCCUUCUGCGGAGGAGUCCGGCAGGAAGUACAAAGUCAAACUACCCAAGUUUGCCAUAAGCCUCCCAAAGCCGGUGCCGGGAGAUGUGGAAUUUUCCACACCCAAAUUAAAGUCAAACGUCAAAGAAAGCGAAUCGAGCGCGAAGACCGCAAGUUCCGGACACGAGAGCGACCAGGAAGGAAAAAAGAGCAAGAGGAAUAUUUUCUCCCUGGGGAAAUCAAAAGAGAGAAACGCGGGUCUCCUGACAGCCGACGCGGACACCGCCGUGGAAGCUGAAGGUCCGGAAGUGAAGAUUAAGUUGCCGAAGAUCAAGAUGAAGCCUAAUUUUGGCAAAAGUAAAACGAAAGGGGCGGAAGUAAACGGCGAGUUCGAGGCUUCGGCAAGCGGAGAGACAGAGGCCGAAACGAGCGCCGACGGAAAGUUCUCCAAGAUAAAGUUUCCCAAGUUGGGGUUUUCUUCCAGAGCCGGUGAAGAAGACACUCGCGUGAACGGUGCGGGCGCUUCGGGCCACGUCAACGGGGAGCAUGAGGGAUCUGCACAGAACGGAUCUCAGGAAGGGGGGGUAGUGAAGAUAGGAAAGCUGAAGUUCCCGAAAGUUGAAUUCUCUUCCCCGUACAAAGCCAAGGAAGGCGAUUCGGAAAUCCACCUAAAGUUAGUGAAGGCGGACGACCCGGAUUCCAAAGAGGAGACCCACGAGAGCUCGUUUACCUCCAAAUUUAAAUCAUUUUCGGGUUUUAAGAAAAAAGAUAAGGGGGAGGAGCAGCUGCUGAGCUCUUCAUCCAGAACGGAAACGGCAACGAAGGAAAACGUCGGGGAAGGGGAGGCAAAAACAGGGAGGGCAAAGAUUUCACUGGGUUUCCUCUCCAGCAAAUCCAAAGGGGAAUAUACGGUGGACAAUAGCGGGAUAGACAAGGACUCGGCCGACGCGGAGAACAAAGAAAAGAACCGAUACAAGAUACCCAAGUUGUCCCUCGGCCCCCAAUCGGAGUCAGAAAUAACCACGCAGGCAAAAGAGGGAGCUCAAGACAUCUUAACAGUCAGCGCGCCCAAGGUGGCCUUCACCACCCACCACGAGGAGCGCACGGUAGAGGAGGAGAAAGUCGCCGGAGGCCUCCUGAAAAUCACGACGACGAAACAAAUCAAGACAGAGACUAUCACAGAAAAAACCGUGUCCAUAUAAAAAACACGCGCAAGCUGAACUCGAUCCCAAAGCAAGCGUUUAUUUGGCUGCAGAUUCCUAAUCUACUCGCUAACCCUUCCACCAUCUUUACUCCAAAGCCGCGGCAGACCUGGAGGAGAGUCGAGAAAGUAUUUUAUUGUUUAGAACGUGUAAGAAAUG